UGCGCAUGUCCAAAGCGUUGCGGGGGUUGAGGAGCCGGCCGAAGGCUGUGCGCUGCGAAGGCAGGGCUUCGGUGACACCCGGCGGUGGCUGAGGAUCUCGGCUUGUCUGUGAGGAUGGCGGGGAGGGGGAAGCUAAUUGCCGUGAUCGGAGACGAGGACACUGUGACUGGCUUCCUGCUGGGCGGCAUAGGGGAGCUUAACAAGAACCGCCACCCUAAUUUCCUGGUGGUGGAGAAGGAUACUACCAUCAAUGAGAUCGAAGACACUUUUCGGCAGUUUCUAAAUCGGGAUGACAUCGGCAUCAUCCUUAUCAACCAGUACAUCGCAGAGAUGGUGCGGCACGCCCUGGACGCCCACCAGCGCUCCAUUCCGGCUGUGCUGGAGAUCCCGUCCAAGGAGCACCCAUAUGAUGCUGCCAAGGACUCCAUCCUGCGCAGGGCCAGGGGCAUGUUCACAGCCGAAGACCUGCGCUAGAGGACUCCCCUCCGCCUUGUGGCUUUUCCCCAGGCUUGCCAUCAGCCCUUCUUUAAGAUCUUAGCCUCUGAGUUCCAAUUCCCUGCCCUUCCCAUUCCACUGAGAGGCACCAGAGGUGGGGUGCUUCCAAGGUUGCUGGGGCUCUGCCAUUAAAAUUAAGGCCGGUUGGGGUACAGGAAACCUGAGUGUCUUCUCUCCACUACCUCUUCCCUGUGCUGUUACACAGUGUCAUUGUUGAUGUUAAAUUAAAAUAAUGUUCUUGCUUCUCUCCAA